UUUUUUUAAUUAAAAAUUCAAUCUUUUUCAUUCUCUCUCCCAAUUUUCCCUGUCACUUAUUUAUUUUCCCGGAAAACACACACAACCACACCACAGUACCAUUUUCCCAUCAUUAAUGGUUUGUUUGUUACCAUUACCAAAGACCAAGAUCAAACCUUUUUCUUCAGACUCAGACUCAGACUCAAACUCAAACUCCAACAAAUUAAUCAAAUGAUUUUCUCUUCUUUCCAGACAUCCUUGCCUUCCUUUCUCAUCAUAGUAUCAAACUUUUUAUUCUUUCUUCCUUAAGAGCUCUCAAUCCAAUCCCUCGUUUGAGUUUCACCGCCAUUUUUGUGCACCGAGAUCUGUUUCAAAGCUCACCCUUUUCGCCAAUACAUCCAAAACCCACUUCACUCUACUCAUCACUGACCCACUUCGCCAUUCCAAUCGCUCAUUUCUUUUUUAUUUUCUUAUGCCAAAAGCUUCUGGAGAUGAAGAUCGAUCUGGUGAUGAUUCGAAUAGACUCAAGAUCUUUAGGCUCUAUCUGUGGCCAUAUUUAGCAAUACCCAUCAAGUCCUUCGGCGGUGAUUUCGUCUCGCCGAUGAAGCAGCGUUCGGUCCGACCUCUCUUCUCCAUUUUGCUCCUCAUCGUCUUCGCCGCCACUCUCAGUUGCAGAACCGCGGUUCGUGAUAGCUCCUUCAGCCUCCUCGGUUCGAUCCCAACUCUACCGCCACCACCACCGGAGCCUGUUGUUGUUUUCAAUGAAACAUUGCUCAAGUUCGCCGCUAUUGACAUAGCUGAAGCUCAGUCAAAACAGGAGAUUGAUCAGUUGUUGGAGGGCAACUUCGAUAGCCUUGGAAGGUACAAGGCUUUCACUCGUUGGAGACGAUUUAAUCACCGAGAUACUAGAGCCCAAAAAACCUCAUCACAUGGGGCGCCAUUGUUGCUCCGCUCUCCCAAUUUCUACCGCCAUUGGUUGAGUUUCAGAAGGGUCUUACACGAUUGGGCCAGAACCAAGAGAUACCAACCAGAAAUCAUGUCCGAGUUGGUUAGACUGGUGAAGCAACCUAUUGACCAGCACAAUGGUUUGGUCAUAAAGGGUUCAGAAGUCCGGUACUCUUCCUGUGCUGUAGUUGGGAAUAGUGGGAUUUUGCUGAAGAGUGAUUAUGGUAAGCUUAUUGAUAAUCAUGAAGUGGUGAUCAGACUAAACAACGCUAGAAUAGAGAGCUAUGAAACCAAAGUUGGGUCCAAAACGAACAUGUCUUUUGUGAAUAGUAACAUUCUCCACCUUUGUGCUAGGAGAGAGAGUUGCUCUUGCCACCCUUAUGGAGAAAAUGUUCCACUCAUUAUGUAUAUUUGUCAACCGUUACAUUUCUUGGAUUACACUGUUUGUAACUCCUCCCAUAAAGCGCCUUUGAUGGUUACAGAUGCCCGGUUUGAUGUGCUUUGUUCGAGGAUAGUGAAGUAUUACUCUUUGAAGCUUUUCUCUGACGAGAAAGGGAAGUCUUUGGAAGAAUGGGCACCUGCCCAUGAUGGUGCUUUUUUCCAUUACUCUUCUGGGAUGCAAGCUGUUGUGAUGGCUUUGGGGAUUUGUGAUAAAGUUAGCAUUUUUGGGUUUGGGAAGUCAGAAUCAGCCAAGCAUCAUUAUCAUACAAACCAGAAGGCUGAGCUCCAUUUGCAUGACUAUGAAGCUGAGUAUGCUUUUUAUCGUGAUUUGGUUAAAAGACCUCAGGUAAUACCGUUCAUCCCAUCAACUUUCAGGAUUCCUCCUGUGGUUUUAUAUCAAUGACAAUGACAGUGAGCCAUUUUUCUUGGCAGUCCGAUUGUUUGUUUGUUUUGUUUUUUUUUCUUGGUGGAAUUAGUAGACAUUUGUUGGCAAGGUUUAGAUUGUUUGUGUACUGUGUUCCUCGUGUUGUAAUUGUAAUAUGCUGAAUGGAACAAUCAAAGGGAUAGAAUUGUUGAACUUCCAUUAUUUGACCCUGUACUAUCAAAGAUAGUUUUAUUGGGGUGAUACCAAAUGUAAAGUUGGAUUAUGUGAAUCUGGUUCUCUCAUUUACUUUAUUAGAUCAAGAUUUCUUCUGUAUUCUA